AUGGUGGCCGGCGGUGUUUUCAAUGCAUACAUGCGGGCGAAAAGGAGGGUGAGGAUUGACAAGGUCAAAAGCUCCCUGUACCAGGACCUCUGGAAUGAAAACGCCGACACCAUACCGCAGUAUACUCGGGCGUUGACCAAGCUGGGCAUGAGAAUGACCGACAUCAAGAGCCACAUCGUAGAGGUGAGGGCUGUGCACAGCAGAGUUGCGGGUGUCAGCAUGAGGUACCUUCUGUCGGAAGGCUUUGCUCAGCUGGCCAGGCAGCGAACUGGCCAGUCAGACCCCAGCUUCAUGGACAUGAAAAGUGGCUUUUGGCUUACCGACAAUGCAAUAGGACGAGACCUGCGCUGCCCACGAGACGGUCGCCUGGGCUGUGCAUUGGUUGACUGGAUUCCACGAACAGAACGUCAUGAACAGACUCAUUUUAUGUCAUGGACAUGGCAGUACCGUUUAUCGCAGAUUACGAGUGCUCUGCGGAGCUACAGGCCAGAGGCGCCCCCGGAAGAGGUCUUCUUUUUCAUGUGCUUCUUCACGAACAACCAAUUCCGUAUCAUUGUAGAAGGGACCCAAGAGGGAAGCUCAGACCUGGAAGUCGUCUUCGAGACCAACCUGGUGCGGAUCGGAAGGAUGGUUGCAGUGCUCGACUCCUGGCAG